UGUGUCGUACUCACCAACCCUCUAGCUGACGAGAACGCGCGCCAGAAGAGUUCCACAUGGGAUCAAAACAUUGCCAACAGCUUUACCAUCCCGAUAUCCAGUUCCAGUUGGCUUCAACCACACUCCAGUUACCAAACCUCCCAAUUCCCAAACGGUGGUAUGGUCCCCAUGGACCCCUUUAAUUCAGAACACCCACUUAUCUCGAACUUGCAAUUUCAAGAAAGGCCAACCUUUGCCUCUCUCGACGCAUACACUAGUUUUCCACCGACAGGAAGUCGGUCUGGAGCCUCCUCAGGUUCUACAACUUCUCCAUCUAUUGCCUUCUCGGUACCGAAUUUCACAAGUUGCUGCUCAGAACCUUCGCAGGGGAACUUCGAUUCAAAUGUUCUUAAACCGGCCUCCUUGGAAUGGACAUUAAAGCCUGAAUUAGAGUCGGGAGGAGCGUACCUGCAGGACUUGUCACCUUUUGGAAGCAAAAUUUUGGGCCCUGGAGCAACUGGUCUGCGACAACCUUUGUUAUCUCCUCCGGAAGUCGAUCAAUGGUUCAACCGUCUGACAACGGCAUGGCAAACCGCGUGGCGAGACGGAGUGUUUCCGAAUCCCUCUCAAGUGCGCCUCCGUUUGAAUCUGGAUCAGCCGUCGACAGAGGAAACAGAGGACUGGCGCUUAACACUUGCAAACCUUUGGAGUGACCUCCUUCUCCGCCGUAUUGCUGAUUUCGCUUCUAGUCUAUUUCAUACCCUUCCCUCCAAAUCCAUCCCUAACUUUCAGCUCUCCCCUGCUCUUCUUGGAUGGAUCUUUAAAAACCGUCUGGUAAAUUGUGUUCCAAUAAUUCUGGCCAGUCUUCUCCUCCAGUCCUCGGAGACGGACAGGGCUUCUUCUUCGCCAGCUUCGCAGUCGCAGAAUCAACAAAACGAGACUGUAAAUCUUCGUCAGGCGAAACUUCUUAUCCUUCGCCUUGUGCCAACGGAGGAGGAGGAGGAGGAGGAGGAGGGGCAAAAACGCCAACAUUGUCUUCUCUCACGGUUGAAUUCUAAGUUGGCGGAGAACCACACCACCGCUUCCUAUCCUAUGCUCCAGUACUUGGACGCCUAUGUCUGCGAACUAAAUAAAUUUUUGACCGGGCAGACCCUCCUUCUCAGUGCAUAUAUGGCUGUCAAACUCACCGAACCACCUACUCCAGGAGAGCUCAUGCAGUUGGCGUUUGUGCUUAACUUGUACCAAAAAUUGGCACUUACUUGA